UCACGUGACCCGCACAGGCUAAGGAGCGGCCGGCCUCACUGAGGAAGCGGCGGUGGCGGCCGUGGCGGCGGUGGCGGCGGUGGCGGCGGUGGCGGCGGUGGCGAGGUAGCGGCCUGGCGAGCUCUGGCCGGCUGCCCUCUCGGACAACCGUGGCGGAAGAGAAAAAUGGCGGAGGCCUCGGCGGCCGGGGCGGGCGCGGGCGCCACUGUCGCGGCACACCGCUUUUUCUGCCACAUUUGCAAGGGCGAGGUCAGCCCCAAACUACCGGAAUAUAUUUGUCCUAGAUGUGAAUCAGGCUUUAUUGAAGAAGUGACAGAUGAUUCCAGUUUUUUAGGUGGUGGUGGUCGUGGUGGUGGUGGUAACCGGAUAGACAACGGCACAUCAGCACAUUUUGAGGAGCUCUGGGACCAUAUGGGCCACACAAUGCUUUUUCAAGAGUUUAGACCAUUUCUAAGUGGUACUCCGCUGGACCAAGAUAAUAGAUCCAAUGACAGGGGUCAUCAAACUCACACUGACUUCUGGGGACCAAGUCGGCCUCCACGGCUGCCAAUGACUCAGAGAUACAGGUCUCGAGGAAGUACUCGGCCUGGUAGAUCUCCUGCUAUUGAAGGAAUAAUACAGCAGAUCUUAGCAGGAUUCUUUGCAAAUUCUGCAAUUCCUGGAACCCCACACCCUUUUUCCUGGAGCGGGAUGCUGCACUCCAACCCUGGGGACUAUGCCUGGGGUCAGACAGGGCUUGAUGCCAUUGUAACCCAGCUUUUAGGACAACUGGAAAACACAGGGCCUCCCCCAGCUGACAAGGAAAAGAUCACAUCUCUUCCGACAGUGACAAUAACUCAGGAACAAGUUGCCUUUUCUCCUCCAACAGAUACGGGUUUAGAGUGUCCAGUUUGCAAAGAAGACUAUACAGUUAAAGAGGAAGUCCGGCAGUUACCCUGUAACCAUUUCUUCCAUAGCAGUUGCAUUGUGCCCUGGUUAGAACUGCACGACACGUGUCCUGUAUGUAGGAAGAGCUUAAAUGGGGAGGACUCUACUCGGCAAACCCAGAGCUCUGAGGCCUCUGCAAGCAGCAGAUUUAGCAGUGACAGCCAGCUACAUGACCGAUGGACUUUCUGAAGUUUAAAGACCACAUCUGAGCCAGGGCUGUAGUAGACUGCUUAUCACAGCCUCAAAUUGUAUUAAAAAAUAAUAACUAUAGGUGGUUUAGGAAUUGCAUAAGAAAUCCCAACUCACCAUAUUACUGCAAUGAGUGUUUUUCUUCUCUAAAUUUAAAGUUAGUAUCUACAGAUGGAAUUGUAUCUACAACCAGAUGCCUCUUAUUCCUGAAUUCAGAGUGAUAAUUUUUUUAAGUGUGAAACAAUUAUGUGGCUUUCCCUUCCAACCAGAAUAGAAUCAGUUCCUUAAAAAUCUAUAGCUAGGGCCCUGCUGUUUUUCAUGUUACCUUGUGAUGGGUGUUUUCACCUCCUUCUCCAAUCUCUACCCUACUAUUAGUGUAUUCUGCACUGAAUACAGUGGAAUCAGAGUCCCUAGGUCCUGCUGAUACAAAGUCCUAUUUUAAUUGCACAAAAGCAUUCCCCCUUUGCCACAUCAACCAUGGAAUGAGGCCAUAUCAAUUCAGGAAUCUGAGACUAGUCAUUUUGUUUUGUCUUGAAUGCUGUCAGAGAAAAAUCAAAGAAAGACUAAAUUGGAAAGAAGAAAGUGGCUUAUGUUUGUUUGGGUUUUUUUCCCCACUUUUACAGACUACUUCACAAAAUUUAGUUUCCCCAGGAGCCAGCAUGAUGUGUCUUAGGAGUCUAAUGUUGGCAGGAAUCACUUUGGUUCCUUUUGGGGAAUGAGUUAGGUUGCAUACAGGGCAGAUGUUUGAAAUCCUUGGCUCUGUUUUUUUUUUUUUUUUUUAAAUGCCUCCUCAACUUAUUGUUUAUUGUCUAUUGUCCAAGGGACAAGAGUAAUUUCCCACAUUAUAGUAAUUUCCUACACUGAAAGAAUUAUUUUAUUAUUGAUUAUACAGCCACUUCACUAUAUUUAGUAAAUUAUUUAGUCUUCAGGAAUUGGAUUUUACAUGGUGUCAUAAUGAUUUUUAAGCCCUGUUUCUAUCUCACAUUCUAUUCUGUUUAGUUCUGAUUAUACUUGGAGUCAAAUGGAUUAUUGUGAUCAUGCUGAAAAUGUAUUCUAGGAGAGGUAGGCUUUCCUUUUUUUUUUUUUUUAAGUCCAAGUGUUCAGUGCAUACUUGCAUGCUCUUUUGAGCACUUCAAUGUUCAAAACUGAAAGUUUAUGAUCAAGAAUGCUGUUAUGCUAUUGUAACUUGAAAAUCUUGAGAGGAGGUGAUGGGAGGAUGCUUAACUACUGUUGGUGCACCAGGCAGGCUGAUGGGUACCAUUUGUGUGGUUCACAUCACUCCAUAGUUUGGAAUGAUUACAGCAAGAAGGCUACUCUUCAAAGAGUCUCUCUUUCUUGGGUAGAAAUCUUUGUUGACUUGUUUUGCACUGAUUUUAGGGCUGGGAGAAGAGGGUUAGAUGUAUCUUUGUAAUAUGCUAAAAAAGAAUGGAGUGAAGGGAAGAGGUGGGAGAGGGGCUUCCUGAAUUAAUAGCUUAUCUUGAAAAGUUGUGACUAGAAGGUAUAAUUCAGGUUGAGCCUCGAGGGAAUAAAAUGUGUUUUCUCAUUUA